GAAUUUUACACAGAUUACUUAAUUUUAAUGUGUCCAUGUAGUUGAAGCCUGCAUUAACAUCUUCAGCCACUAGAGGCAAACUUCCCCAAGUUGCAUAUAAAUAGGAAAUCUCUGGUUUUGAAGCCAAGGGAGAUUAUUAUACUGAAAUACAGAGCUAUGUGCCUGUCUUCACUCUCUUGUUGUGGGGCAGCCCUCCCCAGGGCAGUGAAGUGGGUAGACUUCUCCCCUUAGGGGCUACGGGAGUGCUCUAUGACAGGAACUGCCCCUUGGCAUGCUAGCAGGUGUGGCUUCAAUUGGAUGGAGAACACACAAUGACAGCUGUAUAAAUUUGCUUGAAGGGUUCCACGUGUGAAACUGAGAGCUAUUUCAACCCAUGGGAAGCUGGGUCUGUUUGUUAGUAUAUAAAUAAAUGUCCCCACAAGUUAAACUAAAAAAGUACAUUUGACGAGGAGGUAGUGUAGGCUUAUGUGACAUGUUUCUCUCUCUCUCUUCCCCCUCCCUUUAGUCAACAACAAGCUAGCACCUUUCCAAGAUGGCAGAAGCUCACCAAGCUGUGGCAUUCCAAUUCACUGUCUCUCCAGAGGGCAUUGACCUUCAGUUGAGCCAUGCAGCUAUCAAGGAAGUCUAUCUCUCGGGUUUGCGAUCCUGGAAGAAAAAAUUCAACCAGCUCCGGAAUGGAUUUGUGACAGGUGUGUACCCAGCCAGUCCCUCCAGUUGGCUGUUCAUGGUUACUGCCAUCCUGGUGACCCAGUACUCUCGUCUUGAUCCCUCAAUGGGCAUGAUUGAAAAGAUCAAGGAACACCUGCCAGUCAGUGAGUACCUUUCAGAUCAGGGCCUGAAUUUCCUCAGUGCCCUUGCCUUUUCUACAGGGCUGUGGCUGGCCCUCAUUAUGACCAUGCGCAGCAUUCUGAAAAUGCUACUGUGCUAUCAUGGCUGGAUGUAUGAAGAGCAUGGCAAGAUGUCCAACACCACCAAGGUCUGGCUGGCUCUGGUGAAAAUCUUUGCUGGGCGGACUCCAAUGCUGUACAGCUAUCAGGCAUCGCUGCCUCGCUUACCUGUUCCAGCCAUCAAGGAUACUAUGCAGAGGUAUUUAGAAUCAGUACGACCCUUGAUGUCAGAUGAUGAGUUCCAGCGAACAGCAGGUCUUGCCCGUGACUUUGAACGGACUCUUGGGCCACGCCUGCAGUGGUACCUCAAGCUUAAGUCUUGGUGGGCAUCCAACUAUGUGAGUGACUGGUGGGAAGAAUAUGUGUAUCUCCGUGGGCGGGGACCUCUGAUAGUAAAUAGCAACUAUUAUGCCAUGGAUUUCCUAUAUGUAACUCCUACCCCCAUCCAGGCUGCUCGUGCUGGGAACCUUGUUUAUGCCAUGCUGCUGUAUAGACGCAAACUCAUCCGUGAGGAGAUCAAGCCGAUGAUGAUCCAAGGUUGCCUGCCCAUGUGCUCAGCUCAGUACGAACGCAUGUUUAAUACAACCCGUGUCCCAGGCAUGGAGGGAGACAGCAUCCAGCAUCUGCAGGACAGCAAGCACAUUGCAGUGUACCAUGCUGGGCGCUUAUUCCGGGUCUGGCUGUACCACAAUGGGAGGCUGCUGCACCCACGCGAGCUUCAGGCACAGUUUCAGUUCAUCCUAGCAGAUCCCACACCACCUCUGCCAGGGGAGGAGAAACUGCCAUCCCUGACCGCAGCUGACAGGGACCCCUGGGCCCAAGCCCGCCAUACCUACUUCCAAUCGGGGAAGAACGAGCAGUCGCUGAGCAUAGUCGAGAAAGCUGCUUUCUUUGUCACUCUGGAUACCAGUGAGCAGGGGCUGCAAGGACCCAAUCCAGGCUAUGCACUGGACACCUACGCCAAGUCGCUUUUGCAUGGGCGCUGCUGUGACAGGUGGUUUGACAAGUCUUUCACACUGAUUGUUUAUCGCAAUGGGAAGUCUGGAAUCAAUGCAGAACACUCCUGGGCUGAUGCACCCAUUGUUGGCCAUCUCUGGGAGUACACCCUUGCCACAGAUGUAUUCACACUGGGAUAUGAUUCUAAUGGGAACUGCAAAGGUGACAUGGACUCCAGCAUCCCCCCACCACAAAAGCUACAAUGGGAGAUCCCGCCAGAGGUGCUGUCCGAGCCGUGGCGCCUCUCUACUAGCCAGACUCCCAUUCAGCAGAUAGAACUAUUUGACCUCCAGAACCACCCAGACUACAUUUCUUGCGGGGGUGGAUUUGGGCCGGUUGAUGAUAAUGGGUAUGGAGUGUCAUACGUAAUUGUCGGUGAAGAUCUCAUCAAUUUCCAUGUGUCGUGCAAAUGUUCAAGUAAAGAGACAAAUGCACACCGGUUUGGAUUAAACAUUCGGAAAGCCAUGACGGACAUCUUGGCCCUAUUUCAAGUAGACAAAAAUGCCUCUGCCAGGCAUAACCAGUGA